AUGUUAGUAACGAAACACAUUCUGUGGUUGGUGGUUGGAUUGUUAUUUAGAUUUGAACUCAAUACGGCCUUUCCAUGUUAUUUUGCCGAAAAUAAAUGUCCCAAUAAGGAUGUUGGAUUUUGGCUGUACAAAAAGAAUUCUCCCAACACUCCCCUUCUCUUGGAUCCCUUAAAUAUAACAACGGACAUAUUUCAUCCCAGCCAACCGGGCUUGGAAAUUUUAAUCCAUGGUCUAAGUUUAAAUAAGGAUAAAUCUCCUAAUGCCGAAGUUCGCCCCUUACUAUUGGAAUAUGUGGAUGUUGAUGUGAUCAGUGUGGAUUAUGAGCCGUUGGCUACAUUACCAUGUCUUUAUCCCUGGGCCAUAGAAAAUACUCAUGUUGUGGCCAAGUGUUUGGCGGAAUUUUUAAAGAAGCUUGUAGAAAUGGAAAUUUAUAAACCAGAAGCCAUACACAUAAUUGGUUUCAGUUUGGGUGCCCAAAUUGCAGGCUUGGCGGCAAAUCAUAUGGAUUUUCGAAUAGGCAAGAUAACAGGCCUCGAUCCUGCUGCAUGGGGUUUUACAUCCGCCGAUCCCAAGGACAAACUGGAUCCCUCUGAUGCUGAUUUUGUAGAUGUUAUACACACCGAUCCAUAUUUGUUUUCAUUUAUAUCACCCGUUGGUCAUGCCGAUUUCUAUCCAAAUUUGGAAUCGAUCGUUCAACCGGGUUGUAGUUUUAUCGAAGAGAGAAGAAAUUGCAAUCAUUUUCGUUCGGUGAUCUAUUAUGCCGAAUCGAUUACAACGGAAUUGGGAUUUUGGUCGUAUUAUUGUGGUGACUUUGUCCAUUACAUUUUGAAUCAAUGCCAUCAUUUCGAUGUGGAGAAUCAAUUGAUGGGCUAUUAUGUCAGUGAUAAAGCCCGCGGUUCGUAUUUCCUUUCCACCGGCUCGUCAUCACCAUUUGCCUUGGGUACUCCAGCCCAGACGGAGUUAGUUGUAGUUAAUGGUAUAGUCCAAACUAUAACGGGAUCAUAG